AUAGCUACGCGACAUGACCUACUGGCGAGCGACGUGGCCUUGUUCCCCUGCAGGAUUCUCCGCCUCCAUGGAGAAAGGUACAAAAGCAGCCCCGCGUUCCCGAUGUCGCCACAACUAGUUAGCCUGCCACAAGAUCGACUCACUACCGAAGCUCGAAAGAAGACGUAAUGCAGCCGAGGUCGUGGUUCGUGGCAGCGCUGUUGGUGGCGUGGGCAGGCAUGGCGGAGCCCAUCUUCCUGGACCCCUUCCUCGGGGGCGUUAUCGUGACGACGGGCGGAGCAGCGGCCCUGCUGGCGGCGGCCACCCUCGGUGCGGGCGCUAUCGGAGCAGGCGUGCUUGGGGCUGGUGCUCUCGGGGCAGCUGCGCUCGGUAAGGCCGCGGCUAUUGGGAAAGGAGUGGUGGGUGCCAAGGCUCUGGGCGUGGGCGUGGGUGCCAAGGCCCUGGGCGCGGGUGCCAUCGGGGCUGGUGCCCUUGGGGCCGCGGCUGUAGGGAAAGGAGUCGUGGCCGCGGGUGCUGUCAAGGCGGGCGUGCUUGGUGCUGGUGCCCUUGGGGCAGCGGCAAUUGGGAAAGGAGUGGUGGGCGCGGGAGCUGUCAAGGCCGGAGUGCUUGGGGCUGGUGCCCUAGGGGCUGGUGCUCUAGGGGCUGGUGCCCUUGGGGCAGCGGCAAUUGGUAAGGGAGUGGUGGGCGUGGGGGCCGCUAAGGCCGGCGUGCUUGGAGCUGGUGCCCUAGGGGCUGGUGCCCUCGGUGCCGCAGCUGUUGGGAAAGGAGUGUUGGGCGCCGCAGCCCUGGGCAAGGCUAAGGCUGUCCUGUUGAAGGGCAGUCUGCUGAGCUCCUCAUCCGUCAGCUAUGGCAGCGGCGAGUACAGUAACACUUACGGCAACAACGGAAACAGUAACACUAAAGUCAACUACGGAAACAGUAACACUAAAGUCACCUACGGAAACAGUAACAGUUACGGCAGCAACGAGCAGAGUAACAUCCACGACGGCAGCGCCAGCUUCAUCAUCAGCAAGAGGAUCGGGCGGGAGGUCCCUAGCUACAUCGCGGCGCAGGAGAUGCUGGUGAGCAACGCCUUCGCGCUGGACCAGGAGAAGCCUUGCGGGCUGCGGCUGGUAUGCGAGCUGGCCACGCGCGGGCCCCAGGAGCUGGCGGAGGACGAGAGGCUCAUCCUGCGUUUCCUGCAGAAACCACACUCCUUCCACAGCAUGGUCGUGCCCUACAACGAGGCCGCCCAGCUGGGCCGCUCCAGCCUUUCAGGCCCCGGCGUGUGUGCCAGGGUGUACCAGGGCUGCCAGCUCAACGCCAACCAGAUCAUGUGGCAGCUCAGGCGCUACGCCUAGACCUGCCGCGGUGCCCCUGUCUCGCUCUCCUCUCUACACACACUCACCCUGCAUCUACCUCCCCCACGCCGGGCCGGGCCGUGCUCUCACGCCCGCACCAUGCCUCUUGUCAUUAUUCAUUGAGAGAGAGAGAGAGAGAGAGAGAGAGAGAGAGAGAGAGAGAGAGAGAGAGAGAGAGAGAGAGAGAGAGAGAGAGAGAGAGA